AUGGGAGACGCUCUCGACGUUGGCCCGGCUUCCAAGCUGUUCCAGCCUCUGGAUAUUGCCAAUGGCAAGAUUCGCCUCAAGCAUCGAGUUAUCCUCGCACCCCUUACGAGGAAUAGAGGUACUCCAUUGAACGCCGACUCAACGCCCGAAAACCCCAACCGAAUCUGGGUGCCCAAUGACUUGAUGGUGGAGUACUAUACUCAGAGGACGACAGAGGGUGGCCUUAUUAUCUCAGAAGGCUUGCCACCUUCGCUGGAGGGUAAUGCCAUGCCGGGUGUGCCCGGCAUCUUUCUCCCUGAGCAAGCCGAGGGCUGGAAGAAGAUUGUCGAUGCCGUCCAUGCCAAAGGAGGAUAUAUCUACGCCCAGCUCUGGCACUCAGGUCGCGCCAACAUCCCUCAACUGACGGGCACACCCAUCGUUGCCCCAUCUGCUGUCACUUGGGAUGACCCCAACGAGACCUUCUCUUACCCAGCACCUCACAGUACGACACCGGUCAAGUUGGCGGAUCACCCGCCGAUUGAGCUUACUGUCGACCACAUCAAGAAAACCAUUGAGGACUACCGCAAGGCUGCCAAGACAGCCAUGGACAUUGGCUUCGACGGCGUUGAACUCCACGCUGGAAACGGAUACCUGCCAGAGCAAUUCUUGAGUACCAACAUCAACAAGCGAACCGACGAGUAUGGAGGAACAGCCGAGAAGCGAUGCAGGUUUCCGCUGGAACUUAUGGAGGAGUUGGCCAAGACGGUUGGCCAGGAGAACUUGGCUAUCCGAUUGACUCCAUUCGGUCUAUUCAACCAGGCCCGCAGUGAGCAGCGAGUCGAGACCUGGGGUCACCUCUGUCGUGAGCUGAAGGCGCAACUUCCUAACUUGUCCUACGUCAGCUUCGUCGAGCCUCGAUACGAGCAAAUCUUCUCCGAGGCAGAGAAACAGGAGUUCUUGAACUCUUGGGGCCUGCCGACCGUUGACCUGUCUCUGUUCAGGUCCAUCUUUGGUGACACGCCUUUCUUCUCCGCUGGGGGGUUUGACGAUGGAAACUCCUGGGGCGUGCUUGAGAGCGGCAAGUAUGACGGCCUAUUGUAUGGCCGCUAUUUCAUCAGCAAUCCUGAUUUGGUGGAGAGGCUGCGAAACGGUUGGCCUCUUGCGCCUUAUGACCGGUCGCGUUUCUAUGGACCUUUUGAGAAUUCUACUAUUGGAUAUACGGACUAUCCUGCCUAUUAA